UAAUGGAUAAUCGUGAAAAAUAAUAGACGGCGUCCGGAAAAAAGGAAAGUUUGACGUGCGUGUGUUUUUGUCGAAAUAAUUGAAAUUAAACAAAAUCAAUGUUUUCCGACGAGGAAAUAAAAGAAAGCAGCCUGAUGCGGCCUGGAGAUGAGAUAAUAAGUAUUCGCGAAGUUUGCCUGAUAGACAAGUAUGACAAGAAAUAUUUCGAGCCUUCGAAUUCUAACCCUUCCUUCGGAAGGAAUGAUCUGGAAGCACCUCGUCUGUUCCGAGACGGAUUCUUCCCUGAAGGUGCAGAGCAGGCGAGCUUUGCAUGGACGGAGGAAGAUGGGAUCGCGUCCCUGAUCUCCGAACCCGGUUUCGGCACCACAGGCCAGACGAGCUUCGGAAAAGAUCUGGAUGCUGCACUCAGGAAGGAAAUGAAGGAAGCUGACCGCAUUUCCGUACCGGAAUCAAAAAACGGUUUAACUUUUGAAAGGAAGCCUUGCGUUGAGCCCGAUCUUGUGUCUUCGACUUCUGCUGAAGGGCCCAGUUCAAGCUCUCCGAACCAUUCCAAGGGCCGCGUCGUCUGUAAAGUGGACAAAUCCGAUCCUCGGUCGAGGCUGCAUUACGUGAAGUACGUCAAACGCCAUGGAAGAACCGUGAAGCUGUGGGACUGUGGAAUUUGUGGUCGUGAGUUCCAGCAUCAAUACACGCUGAUGCGUCAUCUGCCAACUCAUACGGACGAGAGGAACUUCCAUUGUGAUACUUGCACCAAGAGCUUCAGGCAGCUCUCCACCCUCAGUCAGCAUCGCGCCAUACAUUCUGCUGCAAGACCUUAUGCAUGCGAAGUAUGCAACAAAACGUUUAACCGUGUGUCCACCCUUAUCUCCCACCGCAAGACGCAUUCCGAGGAGAAACCGUACAAGUGCCACAUCUGUCCCAAAGGAUUCCACCAGAAAGGCAACCUACGUAAUCACCUGUUCACUCACACCAACGAGCGUCCUUACCGGUGCAAUAUUUGUAUGAGGGGCUUCAACCAGCAAUCGAACCUAGUGUGUCAUAAAAAUAAGGCUCAUCCUGAGGAAAACAGCACGACCACAAAUGUUGGUAGAAACAGAACCGGCCCGCGCGUGGCGACUCAACCAGCUGCUGAAACGAAAGCUGAAUCCUCGAGAAUGCAAUCCGAGCAGUGCGAAGUCACAUCAUCGGUCGGACCAUACUUACUCCCAUCAGAAGCUCAGUCUUUCCAACCACAAUGGGAAAUAAAGCCAGAACAAGCAUGGAGCGAGGGUCCAUGGGGAAGCAAUGGUGUGAUCGUCGACGCCAUAAAGACUUACCAUAUGGGUGUGGCUCUCGCAACACGGCAGACUCCAUUCGCUUUGCUGAAGUCUGAUAAUGGGGCGGCAGUUCUUGUGAAGAUUGUUGAUGCAAAGCUUCCGGGGGGUAAACAGAUGCUUGUGCCUGCAACAGCAGAAGACUUGAGAAUCGGUGGAAAAAUAAUCCUUGGAUCUGAAGAAAAUUCCAAUGAACCGCAGGUAAUAGACGUGGAAUCCACACCAGACAACGGCGCUGUUCAAAUCCGAGUGCCAGUGGUGGCGACCGUCAUCCCGAAGGUCAAGCCGGGAGGCAGGCUGCAGCUGUCUGUGGAAGAACCGCACUAUGAGUACCAUACUGACAUGUCUUCCGAUGCUGGGGAGCCGAAUCUGGGUCCAUGUUCUAGCUAUUCUUCUUCGGCAGUGGCGGGCGCGUUGCCAUGCUUGGAACCCUUGCAGCGUGCGGAGGACACUGGAUUUGAUGAGCAGAACUUGAGAUCUGGUGACCAUUUGUGUGCGCCAUCGCCGCCUCUGGACUUCAUUUCUCUUGAUCUUUUUGAACCUAUGGGCUGCAUUCCAUUGGGCCCUCAAAUUACAACCGUGGACAGCAUUGACCAGUCUCCACCAUCGGACGAUUCUGACAUAUUUAUUGGGAAUUUUGAGGAAAGUAUCCCGCUGUCUGACUCGGACUAAAAGAAGAUCAUUUUUAUUUUUGCAUGCACGUUAAAUACGAAUAAAGUUUUAACAAUACAUAUAUGUGAAGUUUAGUGAUAAGCUAAGUUUUUUGUUGUUUUCAAAUAAAUGAUUUUGGU